AUGCUUCUUGUAGGUAUACUAUUUGCCAAUUUUCCGUGGUUAUAUAUUCGAGAAAGUUGGGGGACUUUCCUUAGAAAAACUGCUUUUUUGUUAAUUCUUCUUCGAUGUGGAUUUGGACUUAAUCCAAAAAUAUUACGUAAAGAAAUGUUAUUUUGUUCAAGUCUUGGACUUUUAACAACAAUUAUUGAAGUUAUUUCAAUUAUAAUUAUUUCACAUUUUUAUUUUAAUGUUAAUAUUUCUGUAGCUAUUUUGUUUGGUUUUGUGUUAGCUUCCACUUCCCCAGCAGUAACAGUCCCAACAAUGAUUGAAUUACAACAUAAACAUGAAGGGACGUCUAAAGGGAUUCCAACAAUUGUUUUGGCUAGUGCUUUAAUUGAUAAUAUUUUUUGUAUUUCUGCCUUUUCUAUAGCUUAUGAAAUUGUUUCAGCAUCAAAAGGUUUAAUUUUUAAAUCAAAACUUCGAGGGAGAAUAAUUUAUAAGAUAUACACUCAUUUAUUUUUUGUUCACUUAAUAUUAUAUUUAAUUAAAUUUUUAAAUUAUUUAAGAGGAAAUUUUAACUAA